CCUCCAACGCGCGCUGCUCCUGCGCAUCCCUCGCACUACCCACUCCACUGCAGCUCCAAUCCAUUCAAUUGUACCUCUGGCUGCGUACCGACGCCAUAAAUCCACGAACAUGGCGCUCAAUGCCGCUUCCCACAACCCCACGGGCGAGGCAACUGGCCCAGCGACUGGCGCCCCCCCGAGCCUGAGCAAUGGCAUUAAGAGUGAAAUUGUGGGAGCUGCGAGCUCAGACGCCGUGGGACAAUCCGCGCCUGGAAAGGAUGGGGGCGAGAAGGGCGUCGCGAAGAAAGUGAAGACGGAGAAAGAGCUUGAGAAGGAGCGGAAGAAGGCCGAGAAAGACAAGAAGUUCCAGGACAAACAAGCAAAGCUGAAGGGCGUGGAUGGAAGCAAAGGUGGGAAGGAGGCUGCGAAGCCAAAAGAGAAGAAAAAGAAGGAGGAAGUAGAGGUGUUGCCGGCGUAUGUGGAGGAGACACCCAAGGGCGAGAAGAAAAUUCUGAGGCCGCUAGAUGACCCGUUCACCAAGGCAUACAUCCCAAAGGCUGUGGAGAGUGCGUGGUAUGACUGGUGGGAGAAGGAGGGCUUCUUCCAGCCCGAGUUUGUGGAUGGAGAGGUCAAGCCUGCCGGCCACUUCGUCAUCCCGAUUCCUCCACCGAACGUUACUGGAGCUCUACACGUCGGGCAUGCUCUUGCCACCGCUUUGCAGGAUCUCUUGAUCCGUUGGCACAGGAUGAAGGGGUUUACUACACUCUAUGUACCGGGCUGCGAUCACGCUGGUAUUUCUACCCAAAGCGUUGUGGAGAACAUGCUAUGGCGACGAGAAAAGAAGACACGAUAUGACCUGGGACGGCCGGCAUUUGUCGAACGAACAUUUGAGUGGAAGGAAGAAUAUCAUACCAAGAUCAACAAAGUUCUAAGGCGAAUGGGAGGAAGCUUCGACUGGACACGCGAGGCUUUCACCAUGGACAAGAACUUGAGCGCCGCUGUCACCGAGACAUUUGUGAGACUACACGAGGAAGGCUUAAUCUACCGCGAAAAUAAGCUUGUCAAUUGGUGCACGAAACUCAACACCGCUCUCUCGAACCUAGAAGUCGACAACAAGGAGCUGGAAGGCCGCACACUACUGGACGUCCCAGGCUAUGACCGCAAGGUGGAGUUUGGAUGCAUCACUACAUUCAAAUAUCCUCUAGAUGGGGAAGAUGGGUUUCUUGAGGUGGCCACCACUCGGCCGGAGACUAUGCUUGGCGACUCUGGCAUAGCUGUUCAUCCCGAUGACGCUAGGUACAAGCACCUUGUCGGGAAGAAGGCAAAGCACCCGUUUGUUGAUCGUCUCCUACCUAUCAUAGCUGAUAGUUACGUCGAUCCGGAGUUUGGUACCGGAGCAGUGAAGCUUACUCCAGCUCACGACCAGAACGAUUUUGCACUCGGCAAACGACACAACCUUCAGUUUAUCAACAUCCUGAACGAUGAUGGCACUCUGAACCACAAUGCUGGACCCUUUGAGGGCAAGAAGCGGUUCGAUGUUCGGUACACUGUUGUCGAGGAGCUUACCAAGUUGGGACUUUUCGUGGAGAAGAAGGACAAUCCCAUGAAGGUUCCACUUUGUAAUAAGUCGAAGGAUGUGAUUGAGCCCAUCAUGAAACCGCAAUGGUGGAUGCGCAUGAAGGGCAUGGCACAAGAAGCAAUCAAGGUCGCCAAGAACGGCGACAUCAAAAUUCGCCCGGAGAAUGUGGAGAAAACCUACUAUCACUGGCUCGAGAACAUCAAUGAUUGGUGUCUAUCCCGGCAGCUCUGGUGGGGCCACCAGAUCCCAGCAUAUCUUGUCAAGUUUGAGGGUCAAAACGUUGACAGCUCAGACAACGAGGCAUGGGUGACCGGUAGGACCGACGAAGAGGCGAAGGCCAAGGCCGAGAAGAAGUUUCCAGGCAAGAAGCUCACUCUUGAGCGAGACGAGGACGUUCUCGACACAUGGUUCUCGUCUGGUCUGUGGCCUUUCUCAACGCUAGGAUGGCCAAAUCAAACUCAUGACCUCGAGAAACUGUUCCCUACUUCCGUGCUGGAAACGGGCUGGGACAUUAUCUUCUUCUGGGUUGCGCGCAUGAUCAUGUUUUCUCUUCAUUUGACCGGAAAAGUCCCGUUCAAAGAAGUAUACUGUCACAGCUUGAUCCGAGAUUCGGAAGGCAGGAAAAUGUCUAAAUCCCUGGGAAACGUCGUUGAUCCCGUAGAUAUCAUGGACUCGAUCACACUACCAGAGUUGCACAAGAAGCUGUUGGCGGGCAACCUAGAUCCUAAGGAGCUCAAGACUGCCGAGAAGUAUCAACGAACAGCUUUCCCGAACGGUAUUCCCGAGUGCGGCGCUGAUGCUCUGCGUAUUGCGCUAUGUGGAUACACUACGGGAGGUGGAGACAUUGCCUUCGAUGUGCAGGUCCUUCAUGGGUACCGCCGAUUCUGUAACAAGGUAUACCAAGCCACAAAGUUCGUCCUCGGUCGCAUUGGCGAAGACUUUGUGCCACGGAAAACCGUUGCGAAGUCAGGACAGGAGUCUCUCUCAGAACGAUGGCUUCUCCACAAAUUCUCUAGAGCGGCUAAGGAGAUCAACGAGAAGCUGGAGGCUAGGGAAUUCAGCAACUCGACCCAGGUUGCGUACAAGUUCUUCUACAACGACAUCUGCGACACAUUCAUCGAGAACUCGAAAGCGAUCUUCGAAGACGAGUCCAGCACGCCGGAGCAGAAGGAGAGCGCGAAGAACACACUUUACACUGCGCUAGAGGGCGGCCUCACUAUGCUCCACCCAUUCACACCAUUCUUGACUGAGGAGCUCUGGCAGCGCCUGCCGAGACGCCCAGAAGACUCGUGUCCCUCCAUCACACGGGCGAAGUACCCAGAGUACCAGCCCGAAAUGGACGACCCUGAGGCAGAGGCACAGUAUGAGCUCGUAAUAGGCUGCGCGGCUGGUAUACGUUCUCUUAUGGCAGAGUACGUGAUUAAAGAAGACGGCCAUGCUAUCGUACAAGCCCUCACCCCCUCCGCCUUGGCUACCGCAACUGCCGAAACCCUGGCAAUCAAGGCCCUUGCGGCCAAGGGCGUCGCCACCGUCUCUAUCAUUGGCCCUGAUGCGCCGGUACCUACUGGCUGCGCUGUAUUCAGCGUCGGUACGAGCGCGACCGUGUUCGUCGAGGUGAAAGGUCGUGUGGAUCUGGACGCGGAAAUUAAGAAAGGCACGGAGAAGAUGAAGAAGGCCGCAGAGGGUGUGGAGAAGCAGAGGAAGGUGCUCGGCGCGCCGGACUUCGAGAAGAAGGUCAGCGGAGCGGUGCAGCAGGCUGAGAAGCAGAAGCUGGAGGACUUCUUGGCGGAGCAGCGGAAUAGGGAGUUGAGCAUUCAGCAAUUUCAGCAGUUGAAACUAGAAUAGAUGUAGGGAAGGAGAAGAUGCGGAGAGUGUGUGGUUGGAUGGGUGUAUGAGACUUUGGUCUGCGGACCCUGGAUCCUUACGGAACGUUGAGCAUACACAGUAUAAUCGAUACCGUAGAUAGUAUUGAUGGGCCAAUGCAAGACAUCAGAGUCAACGCCAUACCUCGAGGGUUCGUUUCGAAAACAUGUAGCUGCCUUCCAAUUAUAGUACCGAAGUAGCCCUAAUGAUUCGUCAACCUUUUCUUCCCCCGAUGAGGAUUUAGGUAGACCCUUCGCUCAUGGUUUCUGACAUGGUUCUUUGUAUCUGUUCGUAUGUUGGACGUUCUUGACAUCUAUGAACCACGGAAAUCAGUGCAGCUACAGCUUAAGACAUAGUUCUAGCCUAUCUACGAAGUACGCUAACGUUUUGUCUCUCCUCAAACGUGGCAUUGAAGCCAUGAUGUGUUCUACGCCAAUCGGCCUUCCGCCCUAGCGGGUAUGUAUCU